AUGCCAGACAUGUACACCUUUCAAGCUGGCUCGAAGCCGCUCGAUUCGGAAUCUAGAAGUGGUGAAAUACCCAGCUUCACACCCAACAUUCUUCCAUGUCGAGUCCAUCAUGACGGUCCCGUCGAAUCGAACGGUCGAUUUUGGAUCACGCAAACAGAUGAGAAAGACGAUCAGCAAACGGCACAUUUCCGGGGUCGUAGGCUACGAGGUCGGCGCGUUGCCGUCCCAGAGGGUUAUCGAGGUACGCAGUACAGGGAUUCUGGCAGCACAUAUCACCAUGAACACUUUGCUGAUGCUCUCUCCGCACGGACAGGCGUUAUCGUCUCCCCCACAGACCGCGUCAUAUCCGGAACACAAGGAUUAAAUGGUGAUCGAAUGGAAGACGGCGAAUCUGACCCAGAGGAGCCGGUAAAGAUCCUCGAAGCGCAAGGCACGUUUGAUGAGAUGAUGGUUUGGGGCCAUGAGAAUCUUCCUGCUGCAGACGACCCUUUUGUAAAAGGCGUGGAGGAAUGGAUUCGGUUUGCUGAAACGAUGCACGGCGGCUCAACUGCAGCGCCUAAGGAAGAUUCGGGCAAGUGA